AUGAUUGCUUCGAGUUUCCAAGAAAAAUGUAUUUCAGUAAUCAACGGAGCUCCGACUUGGGCCGUUUUCUUCCUUUUUGACCUUCUCGACGAUUUUCUCUGCAUCGUUUUCAGAUUCCUCGACCUGGUUAUGGAAGAAAAAUUACAGUCCUGUCACUGUAAAAGCCCUCAAGAGACAACAGAUUUUCCGGGACACGAGUUUCUUUCAGACCAUCAACACUUGUCGGAAACUCUUUACCGGAGGAGAAACGUUUUCAGACAAGCCGGUUUUCUCCGUUUUGCGAGAAAACUCCCGGAGAUCACCAAGAAAAUCGGUAUCGUUACUUUCUUAAGAAAAUUCCUCUUCCCUGACAAAACGAAGAAAGUCCCUCGUGAGUUUGCAAACCGGUGGUCUGAUUGUGGUUGCAAGAAUUGUGUUUCUUGGACCAACACCGAUAAACUUAACGUGAUCGUCAAGCAACCUUCAAUAACUCAAGAUUUGUUGAUGAGCAACAAACCGGUGGAGAACGUUAUUUUCAUACACGGAUUCUUAGCAUCUUCAUCGUAUUGGACCAACACAGUGUUCAAAUAUCUGCCCGAGACCACUGAGAAUGCUAAAUACAGAUUCUUUGCGGUCGAUCUUCUAGGAUUCGGAGAUAGCCCGAAACCGAGAGACAGUCGAUAUUCGUUAAAGGAACAUGUCGAAAUGAUCGAGAAAUCGGUUAUUUUACCAAACAAUUUGACUUCAUUCCAUGUUGUAGCACACUCCAUGGGAUGCAUCAUUGCAGUGGCCUUAGCUGCCAAAUUCUCCGGCAGUGUCAAGUCCGUUGCUUUAGUAGCUCCGCCGUAUUUCGCCGAUUCGAAAGGAGGAGCAAGCUGUGAUGCUCUUGAUGUGAUCGCCGAGAAGAAACUUUGGCCGCCGACUUCGUUUUUCUCGGCGAUGAUGGCUUGGUACGAACAUAUUGGCCGUGGCGUUUGCUUGGUUGUUUGUAGACACCACCGUACAUGGGAGAUGAUCAUCAAAAUUGUAACUUGGAGAAGGAAACUACCGACGGCGAUAACAGAAUUGACGAAGCACACACAUCAAUCCGCGUGGCACAGCAUGCACAAUGUGAUAUGCGGAGGGGCAAAAUUCACGGAUAAACACCUUGAAACUUUGAUCAAUUCCGGUGUUAAAAUCAAUGUGGUUCAAGGUGAUAAAGAUGAUAUUGUACCUAUAGAUUGUCUAUGGAACAUGAAAGCCAAGUUCCCGGAGGUUGAAGUCGAGGUUAUCGCCGGAACGGAUCAUAGUACGGUCAUAAUGAGUAGAAGAGAGGUCUUUGUUGCAAACCUUGUAAGUUUGUGGGCUUCUUCUGGAAAGAAACAAAAAUAG